CGGCUUCUCACCCGGAAGGAGAAGCUCUGACUCUAGUUGUAAGGUGGUGUAGCUUUGGGAAUCGGUGCUGCUCUCAGGAGCCGGCCCGGAUCAUUUGUUGGCAGUACUUACUGGCUGAAGUCAGUUUUCAUUUCAAGAUGUUUUCUUCCAGCCGGCUGUGGACAUAGGAUGUCGGAGAACCAAGAGCAGGAGGAAGUGAUCACAGUGCGCGUUCAGGACCCCCGCGUGCAGAAUGAGGGCUCCUGGAACUCUUACGUGGACUACAAGAUUUUCCUCCACACCAACAGCAAGGCUUUCACCGCGAAGACGUCGUGCGUGCGCCGCCGCUACCGGGAGUUUGUGUGGCUGAGAAAGCAGUUGCAGAAGAACGCCGGCUUGGUCCCGGUCCCCGACCUUCCUGGGAAGGCCCCCUUCUUCGGCAGCUCAGACGAGUUCAUUGAGAAGCGGCGCCAAGGCCUGCAGCACUUCCUGGAGAAGGUCUUGCAGAGCGUGGUCCUCCUGUCCGACAGCCAGCUGCACCUCUUUCUGCAAAGCCAGCUCUCGGUGCCCGAGAUAGAAGCCUGCGUGCAGGGCCGGAGCCCCACCACGGUGGCCGACGCCAUCCUGCAGUAUGCCAUGUCCAACUGCGGCUGGGCCCAGGAGGAGCGGCCGGGCGUGGCCCGCCAGGCCCAUGGCGAUCAGCCCAACAGUUGCUGCUUCCUGCCAAGGUCGGGGAAGAGGGGCUCACCAUCGCCACCCCCCAGUGACGAGCAGGACUGCCUGGCAGUGUGGGCCCCUGGGGUUGACUCCGAGGCGCCUUCCCUGGAGGGCCCCGUGCUGCUGCCCCCCUCGCCACCACCGCCAUGUGAUUGCUCUUGGCUUGACGAGGCACCCUCUGUCCACCAGGCUGUGGGCGGUGACCGUGCCGUGGCUUUGGACCCUGGCCAGCUGGACGCAGUUGGGGAAAACUGAGGGCUGUUCUGAGCUCUGGGCUUUGCUUCAAGGUGCUCAGAGACUGAGCUGGGUGUGUGGCGCGUGCCUGUCGUCCCAGCACCCAGGAGGCUGAGGCAGGAGGGUCUCUUCACAUUCAGGGCUAACCUGGGCUACGUAGCAAGAGUCUGUCAUCGUCCCACUAAAAAAAAAGACGAAGAUGCAGGCAGGAGACUGGUUCUGGUGGGUGGGGCAGAGUGCGGACGCUUGGUUGGGUGCAGAGAGGCCUGUGGAGAUAGUUCCUCUGACUCCUCCGUAGAACAGAUGUUACACAGCUGUUGCUGAGGUACACCACUGGCCUGGGACUGCUGGCUUUGAACAGAACCCUGGUUUUAGUCUCUUGGAAGCUGAGUUGCGGGUGGCUGAUACAGCCCCAGGUGGCUGGCUUUUGGGGACUGGCUGUGGUACCAAACACGCAGGCCUCGACCUGUGGCCAUCCUGCCUCAGCCUCCCAAGUGCUGGGAUGCCCAGUGUGCGCCACCACCCAGCUCCUCCUUCCCUUCCCCUCUCCUUUCUGCCUCCUGGGCCUUGGGCCUAGGGCUGCUCCACUACAUCCCUACCCUUUAUUUUUUAUUUGGAGUCAGGGUCUCUUGGAUUUCCCAAGCUACCGUUGAACUUGCGGCCCUCCUGUCUGAGUGCAGAGUUCCCUGGUACUGGGCUUCGGCCUCCCUCCUUGUCCAGGGCGGCUGCCUUUCCUUGCCUUUCCUCAGCUGCUGCUGAGCAGAGCAGGCCUGCGACCCUUUGGCCGGGCUUGCACGGCUCUGGAGACCUCACUGGCUGAGCAGGGCCUGGGAGCCUUGGCGGGGUGCCAUUGGUCACAGCUGG